AUGAGUGAUCAUAAUUCAAACGACAAUGGUACAAAACCGAUCAGCGAGACGUCGUCUGGAACCAGCUUAACAACUCCUCAGUCUGAACGAAGAUCUGGUGGUAUCGUUGAAAGAGUGUCUGCAAGGAUAGGAAGAGAUAUUCCACCGCUCAAUAUGGAAGGCAUCAGCCGAUUUGCUAAUUCUUUCGGGAACCAGAAUCUUGUUCAUUUUCCUAUUAGCGUAACAUCUCCAGGAUUCAGUAGUCUCUCUCCAUCUUUGCAAUCUCCAAAUAUGUUCACUAACUCUUCUUCACAGAUUAUCCCUCCGAGUCCAAUCCCGAAUGACGCGACUCAGGAGAUGGUGGAAAAUUCAGGUGGUGCCCAUGCAACGAUGAUGAUAUCCAACAACAAUCUUCCUCAUCAGCCGUUGGACAUUGAUCUGCCUCCUCAAGGAUGUAAAAAAGGCACUACUGAUAUUCCAACGGAAGAGUCUGUUGAUAUCACAUCUCAUGAAUCUAAUGCUGAUCCCAUUGGUGCUCCUUUACUCCCUUCUUUUAAUUCUGAAGUUGUUGCUGAAAAGGAUGCUACGAACAUCAGCUCCCUUAAAAGUGGUAGCGAAGACGAUGACAAGGACAAAUAA